AUGGCAACGACGACAGCCGCGGCGCCAAGCGCAGCUGGGGAGCCUGGGGCAUCUGGAGAUGCUGGGAACAAGUUCCAGCAUGCUAUCUCUGCAUGGAGAACCGUCGAUCUCACAACCCUCACUUCGAGCCUCGACAAUACCGCCUCGGAUAUCGUCACAUAUCAACGUGACUCGACGGUGCAGCGCAAAGACUUGGCCCAAAAAACGAAGGACUUUCGAAAGCUUGACGAUGCUACGAAACUUACAGAGAUCAAGGGAUUGCUGAAAGCCUACCAAACAUUUAUCGACCUCUUGACGAAUCACUCAAAGUCUGUCAAUUCGGCCUUCCUUCAGGCAUAUUCUUCCAUCUCCGAAGCGCCCGACCCGUAUCCGUUACUGGAAGCCUCCGUCGAUGCCAUGCUGGUGUCGGAAGACACAGCUCCUAAGCUCAGAGAAGAAAACUCGCACCUCCAAGCCAAUGUUGCGAAACUUACCGCGCAACUCGAAGAGACCGAGUCGAAGCUACAAUCGGAGGCCGCAGCGCGAAAAGACUUGGAGGACAACCUAGACUCGAAGGUGAAAGAUAUCGAGUCGUCAUGGAACGCUGUGCUGGGCGAGCGCAAAGACAAUUGGGAGGCGAAAGAGAAGAGCCUCGAAGAGAAGGUCGAGAGUCAAGAGAGGCUACUUCAGGAGCUCAAGGCUACCUACGAAACAAAUCAACGCCUCGGAAAAGCCGGCGAUGAUCAAGACGGAAUGCGCAGUCAAGCAUCCAGGGCGGAGCUCGAAAUGCUGCAUGCCGACUUGGAGCGCACAAGUUCGCGGCUGGCAGAUGUCGAGUCGCGAAAUGAGCAAAUGAGACUGGAACUGGCCGAAGCGAAGUCGAGUGUUUCUUCCCACCCUAAGGCAUCCUUAGAAGACGAUCCCGAUUACAUGAGGAUGCGAUCCGAGAAUUCUUCGCUCAUUCGAAAGCUCGACAGCACAAGAUUAGAGAAAGAGGGUCUUAAGAGAGAGUUGGACACCAAGGUUCGGUCGACGGGGCGGGAAUUGGCCUUACUCAAGGAGGAGAAAGAAUCACUCAAAUCAAAGGUGCAGAAAUGGAGUGAUUACGAUGAAGUAAAGCAAGAACUAGAAGUGCUCAAGAGCAUCGAAUUCUCGACAGGGGAUGAUGAGGAGGAUAUUCCAACUGGCAAGGACAGUGGGGCCGAGGCAGGCAAUUCCUUGGAGAAGCUGCUUCUGGGUCGCAACAAGAAACUAGGCGACGAGCUCACAGUUCUUAGAGUUUCGCAUCAGGACCUGCAAACAAGACUGGAAGAUCUACAGGAAGAAACGUCCAAGACGAAUGCGGAGCUUGAAAGAUGCCAGAACCUCAAUGAGAAACUUGAAAGAGAUUUGGAGCAGAUGCACGCGGAAGGAGCAAAUGCUUUCCCCUCUGGAGCAUCGAUGGCAGGGACGUAUGUGACGCGAGCACAGACGCGACGCGGAGGUCGAAUCUCACCAACGUCAUCCAUCAUCAGUGGAUUAGAUCCUCGUGGAGGUGGGGAGAGAGAGCCAAUGGGCGGAGGGUCCGGCAUCCUUCCCAUGGUAACAGCUCAGCGAGACCGGUUCAAGCAGAAGAAUGCGCAGCUGGAGCAGGAGGUUUCGGAGAGCCACAGGACAGUGCAGCAGCUACGACAAGAGGUGGCGGCGUUGCAGAAGGACAACUUGAACUUGUAUGAAAAGACGCGGUAUAUUUCGACAUACAAUCGCUCAGGCGCAACGUCGUCUUCGGCGACUGCCUACGGAGGCAACCCGAACCCCUCAACGGUCGCUAUUGGAGAAACUGGCAAUCCAGGAAUGGCUAUGGAUCGCUACCGGGCAGCCUACGAAUCAAAUAUUUCGCCGUUUGCGGCGUUUCGAGGUCGUGAAUCAGCGCGGGCCUAUCAGCGCAUGAGCCUGCCUGAGCGGGCCGUGUACUCCAUCACGCGCAUGGUGCUGGCGUCGCGCAGCAGCAGGAAUCUAUUUGCAGCGUAUUGCGUCGCGCUGCACCUGCUGGUGUUUAUGUGCCUGUACUGGCUAGGUGCGUCGGACCUAGAGAAGCAUGGGGCCAGCUUGGGCGCUUCCUCAGUGGCGGCGGCCGGCGCUGCGGUCAACGGGGCGGCGGCCGGGGAUGGUGGUGGCAAAUGGAAGGAGGACGGAUUUGCGGGAAGCUAG